AUGGAAAAUAUUCCACGACAGACAAGUUUUGGUUGUUUCUCACUUAAACUUGGAUCUAUUUUUACUGCCUUAUUAAUCAUUGUGUACUCAGUACUGGCUCUAGCACAAUGCUUAGCAGUCCUGAAUGUUCUUCCAUCACGACUAUCACCAGAGGAUACCGACGCCAUGGUAUCAUAUGGUGUUGUGAUUACUGUCACAGCAGUCCACGCCAUCACGUUGUUCAUAACUGCUGUGAUGUUAGUCGGCGUGUUGAGGGAAAAACCUCAUUUGAUUAAACCCUGGGUAGUGUGGACAUCGAUUCAAGUGACAGCUUCCCUGCUCAUAUUCGUGUUUUGGAGCACAACGAACAUCAUCAGCCAUUCUGGGGAGAGCUCCUUGAUUCUCUAUGUGGUAGAAUUUUUGUGUCUUACAAUCCGUUUCUACAUGCUUAUGUUGGUGGCCAGUUUUUACAAGCAGCUAGAAGAAGGAAGAGACGAGACGGAAAGACUUAGAAAGUUAAUUAGCCCCGAAACUUGGUACAGUUCUGCAUAA